AUGCCUCCCAGACUCCCCGGCCGGCGUAUGGGAGUGGCCUUUGUGACCUGCCCCAUGGAGGUAGCACAGAGGCUCUCCGCAAGAGGGAGUGUGAGGCCGGGGUUUGCGUGGGCCAAGGUCAAGCUCGCGCAGCCUAAGCCUCGCAGGUGUUAUCGCUGCCUACAGACUGGGCAUAUUGGGCAGCGGUGCACCAGUGAGGUCAACCGCGGCGACAGGUGUUUCCGCUGCGGGAGCAAGGGGCACCUAGCCAAGGAGUGUACGGGCACAAUAAGGUGCCCGCUGUGCAUGGACCUGGGAGGUCAGGCUACGCACAGACUGGGAGCCCCGGGGUGUGGGGGGGCCUCCUCUGUUAGGUCUAAGCCUAGGGGAGACCCUACCAUGCCGCCGGGCCGUCCCCCCUGUAACGGGGAACAAGAGGAGCAACCCGGGGAUAACCCAGGAGACGGGGAUGCCUCGGAUGGGGGGGACACGCUGAUCAUGUCCCCCCAGCGGGAAGCGGCGAAAGAGGAGUCCCGAGUAAGCCGGUCCUUCCUGGCAAGGAAAAUACCGGCCCGGGACAUCGCCGAGGGGAAGGGGGAGAAAUCCUCUUCCCAGAGGGGGUUGGAGAAGGGCAGCCCGCCCCUCCCCAAGCGAAGUAGGCGGAAGGCGGAGUAG